GUUGUUUCUUGAAAACGAGUGUACAAUACAAAAGUAAACGUAUAAAUUACACUGAGUUUUAGAAAAUAAAUCACACUGUUAUCAGCACUGCAGCGCUCUUGUGACAUUAUCUAAAUUUAUAGAUAUCAAUAUGUUGAAAUUGAUCCUCAUUUCUUGUCUCGUGGCGGUCGCUACAGCGAAGCCCGCCAUCGUGCCACUCUUCAGCACAGGCUACACAUCAGCAUACUCAUCAGCUUUCACCGCUGCUCUGCCGAGUGCGUACACCGCUCCGGUCGCUGCUGCGUAUAGCGCACCGCUCACAGCGGCGUAUAGCGCACCGCUCACAGCAGCCUAUAGCGCACCGCUUACAGCAGCGUAUAGCGCACCACUCACGGCCGCGUAUAGCGCACCGCUCACCGCAGCGUACGCGCCUUAUACAUACGCAUCUCCCUAUGCCUACUACUUCCGUUGAUAAAUUAUGCCAUUUCCCUGUUAAAGAAACCAGUAGGUACUAUAAUAAAUUAAACAAUGUUGCUGAAAUUAUGUUU